CGCCGCCCCGCUGCUGCCUGGGACCAGUAGUUCCCCUCGGGCUCGGCCCGCAGCGAGUGAGCGGGGAGCGGACUACACUUGCCAGGGUGCUCGGGCGCCGCUGCGAUGCGCAGGCGCCGCUUCCCCUGCUGCUGUUUGUUUGUUGUUUUGUGAAGGCAUCAAGAGCUAGCAGCGCGAGCCCGUGGUGCCCCCGUCCCCGGCUGGCUGCGGCGGGGGACGCCGCCGGGCCCGAUCACUCAGCUACUUUGAAAAUGUCUGAAAAUUCCAGUGACAGUGAUUCAUCUGGUGGCUGGACUGUCAUCAAUCAUGAGGGGUCUGAUAUAGAGACCGUGACCUCUGAAAAUGGAGGAACAAAUAGUAAUCUUGAGCCUGCAUCAGAAGAAUAUGCUACUUUGGUGGAGGAAGAAGAGCAACCAUUUGAUUUGAGAGCUGAAUGCAGCAAAGAUGAUGUGGCAUCAAUGGUAGAAACUUCUCAUGCUGCCUUGGAGGAAACCCAGGCAGUUUCUGAGGUAAAGAAAGAAAGAUUGCCUGAUCACGGUUCCUGUAUUGGGGCUAUUAGUGAUGAUUCUGACAUUGUUACCCUUGAAACACCUAAAGUAGAAGAAAUUGGAACGCAGGAAGAAACUGCAAUUGUUGAUGAGGAAGCUCAAGGUUCAGAUGAUUUUAACAUGGGUUCUUCCUCCAGCAGCCAGUACACAUUCUGUCAACCAGAAACUGUUUUUCCACCUCAGCCUAGUGAUGAUGAAUCAAGUAGUGACGAAACAAGCAAUCGAUCCAGUCCCACACUGAGGAGACGGCGUGCAAAGAAGAGGCUUGUCUCGAACUCUGAACCUGAGGGCGGGGCACCUAAUGAACAGGAAACUGAACCUCCCAAAGAACAGCAACAGAAACGCCAAUUCAGUAGUGGCCUGAACAGAUGCAUUAUACUAGCUUUGGUGAUAGCAAUCAGCAUGGGAUUUGGACACUUCUAUGGUACAAUUCAGAUCCAGAAACGUCAACAAUUGGUAGAAAAGACACAUGAAGAUGAACUAAAUGGUAUGAAAGAUGACCUUUACCAGUGCCAACGAGAGCAAGGAGUUAAAGCAGACUAUAAGGUGGGGUCACUAAAACAAGACCUUGCAACAUGUCUGAUCUCUACUGAGGUAGAAAAGAAAUCAUUUGAAUCUCAGAAAAAAAGUCUUACGGCAGAAAACCAGCACUUAAGGGAAUCUCUGGAGAGGGAAGAAAAAGCUUUGGACUUGCUGCAGGAAGAGUUAAGGAAACUGAGAGAACAAAUUAGAAACGUAGAUGAUAAAGGUACUAGUACAGAGUCAGUUGUCAUGGAAAAUAAAAAGCUUAAGGUACAUUUGGAAGAGGAAAAGCAAAAAAUACACAACUUUCUUAAGCAAAAGGAGACACUUUUUGCAGAAGCACAAAUGUUGAGGAGAGAACUAGACAAAGAACGUCAUAUAACUGAAGCUCUAAGAGAAGAACUGGAGCAGUUAAGUUCUCAUCAGACAUCCGACAACACAGACACUGACAAUACAUUGAGGAAGAACGAAGAAAUAGAAACUUUGCGGGGAAGACUAACAGAGCUGGAAAAGAAGCUAAACUUUGAACAACAACGCUCUGAUUUGUGGGAAAAACUGUAUGUUGAAGUGAAGGACCAAACCGAAAAACAGGAAGCUAAUGAAAAAGGACAAGAGAAAGAUGGUAAAGGAACAAGUAAGACCAAAAAGAAGUCCAAAGAAUCAUUUUUUGGCUCAGUUAAAGAAACUUUUGAUGCCAUGAAGAAUUCCACAAAGGAGUUUGUAAGACACCAUAAAGAAAAGAUUAAACAGGCUAAAGAAGCAGUGAAAGAAAACCUGAAAAAAUUCUCUGAUUCUGUGAAGUCCACAUUCAGACACUUCAAAGACACAACUAAAAACAUCUUUGAUGAAAAGAAGAAGUCUGGUGCUAAAAGAUAUGAGGCAAACAAAAAAGGUAAAACAGUUUAUCGGGAAUAUAAUACUCAUGAGAAUCCUUCUAAGCAUACACACCAUAGAGGGCCUAGUAUGAAAAAAGAAUUCAGAGAGGGAAGAAAAGAAAGAUCAACUCACUUUACAUUUGAAAAAGAUACUAAUUCACAGAAAUGCAUCAAUAACCCAGAAUGUAACAGAAAACGUCACUCUGUCCUAAAGGGCUGUUCUGGUAUUUUUGAAUGCGCUCAUCAGGAAUUUAUUAGCCUGUUUAACAAAGUACUGGACCCUAUUAGGGCUGAAGAAUUUAAUCAGUUAAUGCAAAAAUAUUUGCAGCAAGAAGUAGACCGUUUCCAUCACUGGAGAGAACUAGAGAAUUUCAUCAAUAAGUUUUUCCAUAAUGGGAUCUUUAUACAUGACCAGAUGCUGUUCACGGACUUCGUUAGUGAUGUUAAGGAUUAUCUUGAGGACAUGAAGGAGUACCAAAGUGACCAUGAAGGAAUGUUUGAGGAUUUGGAUAAAUACAUCUACAGAUACUACUUUCAUUAUGAUAAUUCACCUCAGUAUGGACCCAGUCAACCUGCUAAAAGGCCUACUUUCACACAAUCUGAAAGUUCCAGACAUGAAAAACAAACUCAGAAGCAACACCAUCGUAAUAAGAGAGAAGAGCCUGUUGACUUAUGAAGAAUUUGCUGUGCUGCAUUCUAAUCAGCUUACUGACAUAUGCACUUGAAAUUUCUUGCACAUCUGCAUAUUGUGGAAGAAAAAUAAAGAGGCGUUGUGGGUAAAAGUCUUUAUUCAUAAACAAAUUUAGCAUAGAUGUACAGUCCCAUAGAGGUUAUGAAGUCUUGUUUUACUCCUCUCCUCUAAAUCACAAAUGUCAUGCAGUAGCUGUUGAUGUUCUGUUAAUUAUUUAUAAAUGUCCUAAGACGGAUGAACCUUGUUUUUUCCCUCCCCUCUUAACACCAAGAGAUAAGAUGAGAAUAUUGCCACUGAAGUUCCACUUUUCCACCAGUGAAGAAGCAUCACUAAACACACUACGCCCAGUAUAAUCCUUAUCUACUGGCUGUACAUUUGAGCCAGACCUGUCAAUUUUUCUUACCUAUUUUCAAGUAUCACGGCCCUCUGUUCUGUACUAGAAGGUUGUUUAACCAAGACACCACUGUACAAUACUGAGUUCAGUUGGUUCCAGUUCAGAAACUGAUCUUGAAGCAUGCUUCAUUUCACCCUUCUUGUGUAGACAUAGAUGUGGCUUCCAAUUCGUCCCUGAGGCAUAUGGGUGUGAAAGACAGUAGCUGUUCUCUCAUAACCAUUUAGGACAAGAAACGAUGAUAUUUCCUGUAAAUAAAUACACUUUCGUUUCCAAACAGUCCGGCAUUUUUAUACUGGUGGGGUACAUAACUGUGUUCCUGAACUUCUAUUAAACCAACCACUCAGCUACCCAUGGAAGUUAGGUUCUGUGUUGUGGGAAGAAAUAUCAACCAUACCAUAUCAUGACCCUUGGUUAGAGUGAAAUCUUGGUCACCUCCCGCAACCUUGAGUAAAUGGACUUUACGGAAAAGUUGAACGGGAAGGAAUUCUGCUGAUUGCAGCCUACUUUGCUCACUUCAUGCCCAUAAAGUCACUCAAGGCAAACCAUAUAGGUUGUGUCUGUGCACCUCAAACUUGCCUUGGCACUGUUUGGAAGAUAGUUGCCUCACAGCAGUACUUCAUGACAUGAAGGAUUUGCUGGGUACCCAUGCAUGCCCUCUCUGGGAUCUUUCCCUUCACUACAGUGACAAUAGAACAUUUGCCCAAAUACAGCAUAGCUACAAGUCAUACAUUUUUAAAGGCUAAAGAACAUUUUCAAAGCUGCAAUUUCAGCUCUCAUUUCUAUUUCUUGUGAAAAUUUGUGUUCUUAGCGUGAUUUAGAUAAAGUUAACUUGCAGUUAACAUACCUGUUCUAGCACACUGAAGAAGACCAAGUGAGUAGGUAAUGUACCAUUGUAAAACUCCUCAUUAAGCCACUUGAGAGGAUUAGAGUAAAAUAUAUCUGCUUCGUCAAGGUAACUCUCUUUUCCAGUUAGGUCUGGAGGACAUUGAAGGAAUCUCAUUGGUAGAGGACAGUGAACAUGGCUAGGAGGGGGGGAAAAAUGGUUGAGAUCCAGUGUUAAGUGACCACUUUAGAUCUUAGUUUCAAUUAAGGAUGCUAUAUUGUAGACUGUAAAACUUCUUGUUCUCUUAUUUUCCCAUUAUCAGUAGGUGCAUUUUUCCCUUCUGUGCUAGAUACAUAAUUUUUUCUCAUCUCUGUAUUUCAAAUAAGCAUACAGAAAGUAAAAUGAGGUGCCAGUAGUGAGUGUAGUUGCAACUGGAGAGGUUCAUAGGAAGCAAUAAUCCACAAUCUGAUUUAUUGUAGAUUUUAAUAGCAAAAAGACCAUCCUGAGUGACCUCAGUCCUUUACUGGAGCACAUUUUGAAAAUAUGUUGUGUUAAUUAUUUAAUUUUGUAUAUAUCAGGAUGUUACAUAGUUCUGGAAGAGUUACUUUAGUCAUGUCAUACAUAAUAGUUCUAUCUGUUAACCUGGUAGCAGAAGUCAAGGAAAUAAGCAUUAAAUCUUGACUUCCUGCAGUAGUUAAAUAUUAGAGAAGGAGUGAAGCAAUGCAAACUCCUAGGGCAAACAUAUGUCUAACACUAAGCUGUUUUGGUAAAACAGGAAAAAAUGCAGCUGCUGGGUGGAGUAAACAAUAUGAAAGAUCCACUUUUCCAAUUUACUUCAUACAGAGUUAACACAGACUGAACAAUUUAGUAAUAGAUGCACAUUAGCCCACAAAUAAUUCAAUAUAUUUGAGGGGGGGGAAAUUGUAUGCUUGAGUAGCUUUAGUAUUACAAAUUGUAUUAGCUACUUUAUUACCUGUAAAAAGGAGUAGAGUGGCAUGGCAUCAUUACAAAGACAGAAGCCCAUGAUUGGUUAGAAGAAUUGUUACAGAGCUGCUGCAUAUGAAUCAUGACAUCAAGAGAGCCACGUUGGUGAAUCAAACCCGUGUACAGGGCUGGGAGUAAAUUUGAUAAAAGCAGGAAGGUUAUUGCUGAUUUCUUCCAUGUUUUCAAUUGUUUAAGAGAAUAUCC